AUGCAAUGGAUGGAUUUAUCACAAUAUUUGCCAAUAUCAUUGAUAUUAAUCAUUCUUAUCAUUCUUGGCUUUGAUCACUUUUGUUUUACCUCACUUAUAAGUCCUACUAACUUCCAACAAUUAGCAAUGCUAGCAGCUUCAUAUAUAAUAUUUGAUAAUUUAACAAAUUACAUAUAUAAUUUUGUUGAAAUCAUAUUAUCUCACGAUUAUUUAUCAUUCGAUUCAUGGACAGCAUUUUAUUUGGGUAUCUUAAAUGGCUUACAUUUUCUUAUCACUAGUCCAUUAUUAUAUCAGCAGUACUUCUCGCUUUCAUCUUGUCGACGUUUACGUGAGUCAUUAGCUAUUCACGUGGGACUUUUUAGUCUGUUAACAAGCGUAAUGCUAGUAUCAUCCAAUUUAUUUGCUAAUAAAAUUAAUUGGUUUUGUCAAUUAAAUUCAUUUGCAAUGUUUAAUGUAAGCCAUGAAGAUAUAUCAUUGGAGAUAGAAAAUGGAUUAUUCCCAUCUCUAAUUAAUGCAGUAUUAUCACUUGUUGCUUCAUUUGCUAUCAUUUUAACUGAACUUACUUUGAUAAAUUUAAUUUGGGAAGAUUUACUAAGACCAUUGCUAAUACGACGAUCACUUCAACAGCAAAUUGGAUCAAUACAGGUUGGUUUAUUAAUAAUUGGAAGUAUAAUUAUUGCAUUAUCAAAUGCUUGGCUUUAUUUAGACAAGCCAUUAAAAUAUGGCCCAAUAUCGCUACUAAUUUUAGGGUUAGCUUUUUUUUCGUAUUCCAAAUAA